ACCCUGCAUUCGAUAGGUUAUACAUCGAUUAUUAAUGAAUGUGCUCUUGAAAAAGUUACUUUUACCCUUUUUAUGCAGUACAUUGGAUUCACACCUUAGGUACCAACUAACUUAACACAAUAUCUUUCGAAAGUUUCGAUAUGAUAAAACCCAUAUGCAGAUAUAUGGAGGUAAAAUGACUCCAAGAAACAUCAUCUCAAUCUUCACUUUGCUGGGCGGCACUAUACUUAUUUCGCUACUCUUUGGUCUAAGAGUCUCCGUCAGUUAUGAAAAGAACAAGAGACAAUCUCAGAAUACAGAAAUGGAAUCAGUUCAGGGAGUCUUUUAUAAACCUAUGGAACUCAACGAGGAGGACUUAAGAGCAAAUUCUUGCUAUGAACCUAAAAUGUUUAAGCCGAUAACAAUAAAGCAGAACAGAACUUCUGGAUUCAAUUUCAGAGCGGCGACAAUGGAAUUGAAUGGCGGGAAAAUCACCAUGGACGACGAUCGUCUUGUCAGUCUAAUAAGGAAUUACUGGAUAUAUAAUCCCUCACAUCUACAGUACAAGUUCUACGACAACAAAGUCGACUAUUCAUCAGGACAGUCAGCUCUUGUAGACUCUUUGUUGGGGAACAAGGAAAAAGGUUUCUAUAUAGAGUGCGGUGCUUUCGAUGGAGAGUCUCAAUCAUCAUCGUUGCUAUUUGAGAGAUUUCGUAAAUGGCAGGGGUUGUUAAUCGAACCCGAUCCACUAAGCUACAGCAGACUGAAGCUUAAGCACAGGAUGGCCUUCACCAUUAAUGCCUGUAUCAGUCCCUAUCCAUACCCCGUUAUGAUGAAGCUGGAACGAAGAGGCUUGUAUUCAAGAAUGCUUAAGUCUUCAUCCGAUGGAUCGGAUCACAAGGAUGUUCAGUGUUUUCCUUUACAUUCAAUACUUCUAGCCAUGAAUUUAAAAGCUGUAGAUUUUCUGAGUAUAGACGUUGGUGGCUUGGAGCUCAAUGUCUUGCAGACGAUGCCACUGAAAUCAACAAACAUAAACGUCAUAUCCGUUUCGUGUGACUACUGCAGCGAGAAAAAUGAAACUGACAUUAAGAAACUUCUUCUAGAUCAUGGAUACUCUGUCGUGUCAAAACUUGAAAAUUUUAAGAUGUUAUCAAAAGAUUUGAUUUUUCAACGCAACUAAAUAUCGAAAUGUUUACUACCCCCUUGCAAUAAAUUCCUAUCU